GCGUGCGGUGCUCCUAGAGUUGCCGUUGUGAUGCCGGGAACUUACUGGAGACAUGCCUAAGGGACGCAAUGGGCUUGAGCGACGAGAAGGAUCGCAUUGUGAUAAACGUGGGAGGUAUCAAACAUCAGACAUAUCGCGGUACCCUGCGUACCCUGCCCGGCACCCGCUUAUCCUGGCUCGCCGAACCCGACGCGCCUAGCCACUUCGACUGGGAUGACAAACAUGAGGAAUUCUUCUUCGACCGCCACCCGGGUGUUUUCGCCCAUAUCCUUAAUUAUUACCGGACAGGUAAACUUCACUGCCCUGCCGAUGUCUGCGGACCACUGUAUGAGGAGGAACUGGCCUUCUGGGGCAUCGACGAGACGGACGUGGAGCCGUGCUGUUGGAUGACCUAUAGCCAGCAUCGGGAGGCGGAAGAGGCACUUGAUAGUUUUGGCGGGGGGGCCCUGCUCGACCUGACUGGUAACGAUGAUCCAGACCCGGAGAUUGCAGCCGACCAGGGGGACGGGGUUGGUGAUGAGGCUGAUGAGAUGACAAGGAGGCUGGCACAGGGGGAUUCUCCAGAUGCCAAGGCAGGGGGGGUUUGGGGCCGCUGGCAGAAACGCAUGUGGGCUCUGUUUGAAGACCCCUACUCCUCUAAAUAUGCACGGUGGAUAGCCCUGGCCUCUCUGUUCUUCAUCCUCGUGUCCAUCUCCACCUUCUGCCUGGAGACCCACGAGUUCUUCAACCCCAUCGUGAACCGCACCGAGCUUGAGCUGGUGGACAACGUGACGGUGGAGCAUGUGUACCAGGAGACGGAGACGGUGGUCUAUCUCACCUAUAUCGAGGGCGUCUGCGUGGUCUGGUUUACCUUUGAGUUCAUGAUGCGAGUCAUAUUCUGUCCGGAUAAGAUGGAGUUCAUGAAGAAAGCUCUCAACGUUAUCGACUUCGUGGCUAUCUUACCGUUCUACCUGGAGGUCGGGCUGAGUGGGCUGUCUUCUAAAGCGGCUAAGGAUGUUCUGGGGUUCCUGAGGGUGGUGAGGUUCGUCAGGAUCCUGCGUAUCUUCAAGCUGACCCGUCACUUCGUGGGCCUGAGGGUUCUGGGUCACACGUUACGGGCUAGCACCAAUGAGUUCCUCCUCCUCAUUAUCUUCCUCGCCCUCGGAGUCCUCAUCUUCGCCACGAUGAUCUACUACGCCGAACGGAUGGGAGCGGACCCGACCGACCCGCGCGCCAGCGAUCACACGCACUUCAAGAACAUCCCCAUCGGAUUCUGGUGGGCCGUCGUUACCAUGACGACCCUUGGCUACGGCGACAUGUACCCCCAGACGUGGUCGGGUAUGCUUGUCGGCGCACUGUGCGCCCUGUCGGGUGUACUGACCAUCGCCAUGCCCGUCCCCGUGAUCGUCAACAACUUUGGAAUGUAUUACUCCCUGGCCAUGGCGAAGCAGAAGCUACCAAAGAAGAAGAACAAGCAUAUCCCGCGAGCACCCCAACCAGGAUCACCCAACUACUGUAAGUCCAGCAUCAACUCUCCUCCAACGCCCCAUAAAGCACCGCUCCUUCCUGAAAGCCCGAACUUAGUCCACCCCGUUUUGGCUCUGGCUCAAAACAUGGCUCUGACACACGAAGACAUCUUUGAAGUACAGUUUCCAGAUUCCAAGCUGAAUGGGGAGGCGGCCAAUGCAGCUCUAGCCAAUGAGGACUGUCCUCAUAUAGACCAGGCCAUCUCGCCAGAGGAGAUCUUCAGCCCCAGUGAGAGAGAACGGCCUUGUUGUCUUGUCACCACAGCUGCAGAACGACCCAACCACACAGGGGGUAGAGUCAGGAGGGGUUAUGACAAGCCUUGGAGCGCCCUAAACAGCAUGUCUGGCAUGAGCGUGAGUGGCCUGGGCGGCCAUGACACCUCUGGAGUGUCGUCCUCCUGCGUUGCCGCGCUACCCUGCAGUCCAUCCUGUCUCAUCCAGCACUCCCACUCCCCCAUCCCAUCCAUUCUCUGAACUCUAGCAUGGUUCACCAGGACACUUUGGCCCUGUCCAGAAUCAAUCCCUAACGGUAGCCCCGGACAACCCACUAGACACUUGUGGAGAUCUGAGAGGAUUGGAUAGGUGUAGGCAAUAUGGUGAUAGCGCCACCUAGCCUAUCAGAGGGCAAGGUGGAGUUGUCACCAUAUUUUAUUGCGUAGUUACACCUCUCCAAUCCUCUCAGAUCUCUAGGGGUUGUUUCUGGACAAAUCCUAUCACUAUGUGACCUGACCU